AUGGCAGCGAACCUGCUUCUCACAGGCGAGCUAGAGGCCUUCUUCGACAAGAGUUCUGACGGGGUGCGGCGUCAAGCACCCGGUACGUCAACUCAAGAGAGCGCUCCUGCCGCUGCCACCCCCAACAACACCGCCAGCAGUGCGCAGGGAAAUCCCUUCGAGGAGGCCCUGACGAGAUUGGCUGGAGCGGCAUCGACGUGCGGGACCGAGCCUUUGAUCUACGUCCGACGCGCCGACGUUGCGGCCAUCGUGGACGCCCUCAUGGACGUCGUGCGAACCCCGGCAGGGCCUACUGUUACUUCGCCGGCGUUUGCCCGCCUCAAUCUCGUUCGGCGGUCUGGGAGGAAGGAUUCCAGAGGUGGCCGAAGGGCUCUCUCGCCUGUGCGUCGCGGAGAGCGGGCCGCAUUGGCGUUCCAUCGUGGCAGACCCGGAAGGGGUGACGGCGGCGGCGGGGGCGGUGGCGAAGACAGCGGUGGGCGCCGGGCCGUGUCCGCCAGCCCUUCUCUGUCCCGGGGAGCACCAACGAUAGCACCUUCGGGCUUCCCUUCGGUCGGUAACAUGUGGGUGACCGCGAGGACGAGAGGCGUACAUCUGGCAAGCUGCGGCAAAGAGAAGCUGAAGGAGAGUCUUCAAACCCCAAUCAGACGGGAAUAAGAAAUGGUGUGGAGCGUUGCCGGAGGUUGAACAACAAUUUAGGGCUGCUGAUGCCGACGGUGCGGCUAUCGAGGUACAGGCUCUAUGUGGGCACGCGGAAGUUGGCCGAAAAAUCAUAACUCACACCCAGAUGCCAUUGUGAUGGCACAAGGGCAGGGUGGCACAAUAUCAGGGAACAGGUCGGUCCACGCGGAGGUCGAUGGCAGCCACCAUGGGUAUCGCAUCGACGGCAAUGGGCCUGACAGGCAAAGCCGUGUACGAGGCAUGUUUCUCGGAGGGCGACAAUAGGGGCGCCGCCGUAGUCGCGGAGAACUUCAAAGACCAGCACGAGCGGAUAACCAUUUCCCGGUGUGGCUUCAAGUGCAACAAAACGUGUUUUUUGAUAAGGAAGCAACAAGAACGCGGCGCCCGUGAAAAGUUGUACUACCUCUCAGCCCCGCUGACGGUUUGGUCUAUCUCCGAGCGACGGAAGCUUGUUUUUUCACGGUUUUGGUGAGAUUAGAAUGUAUUGGAAUGUAUCCAGGUGAUGUUUGGAGUCGUGGGGAAGUCAAGAUGUGCGUUGGACCCCUCGUCUAUGUAUUUUCUGUUUAGUAUCACGCCAUAUGCGUGGUUGUGCAAAGAUCACGCGUAUGCUGCGUUCUUUUUAUCGUUGUAACGAACAAUUUAGGGACAAUUAUUCAACCACAUACACAAAGAGACCUGACUCGUUGGCAUUCGGAUUGCUUGGAGGUACUGUUGGCCGCUUUGCAGUCGUUCAUGGAGGGGGAAACGAUGGAUGGGACGCAUGAUCGUGUACGUCAGGUAGUAAAAUUUAGAGACCAUCUGUAUUUUGCAUAUACGUAUAUUUACUUCCUUUAGUCCUUUCGCAUCUUGGAAUGCAGUUUUGCUGGUGUGUACACACACCACACUGUAGGAACAGAGGAUGUGGAGGGCAUACAUACCUAUUUUUUUCGGAAUAUGCUUGGAGGCAUAUUUUCAUAUCUACGUGCAUGUGCUAUUUUAGUACGUUUUCUUCACGAAAGGGUGGUCGGUUAACUCGUUUACAUGUUGGUGCGCGCGGGGGUUGCACACGUUUGUUCAACACUCGUCAUCGUCGCUUGAUUUCAUGCACAUACAUGCUUUUUUUUUGGGGGGGGGGGGGGCACCAGGUU